AUUAUAUAGUAUUAUUAUAUAGUAUUCAAGUCAUUUUAAAGUUGUACGAUUCGCGGCAUAAGUCAAUCAUAUUAAGAAAAAUUACUUACCUACCCAUUAAAUUAUUGGGGGUAUUGUAAUAAUAAUUACCUGUAUAAUUAAAAUGUCAUGUUCUACCAACUUGAACUGGGUGCACGUGUUCAUGGAAAACAAAUUACUAAAACACUGAGAGGAAAAAAUGGAAAAUCAUGAAAAACCAUUGAGAAUUGAUCUGGAAAAUCGACCCUAUCGUUAUCUACAAAAAAUGACUAAGGCCUUAUCUUUGCCAUCGAAUUUUAAAAAAAUACACCUCAUAGAUUUGAUUAUAGCUAGAAAGCGAGGAAUUGAAGAUGAAGUGAAAAGAAUUAUAACAAAGGCCAAACAAGAAAGGGUUAAAUCUUCACAAAUUCGUAGGCAGAGUAAAAGGAAAAUUAUGCAGGAUACAGAAAAUAUUAUGUCAAGACGUCUGUUAUAUUCUCCACCAAUAACCGCAACACCUAGACACAACCAGUUAUCCUUACAGCGAUUAAAUAAACGUCGCAGUUUAUUAAAACGAUUAAACGAAAGCCCUAAUCCGGAUUCAAAUAGAAUAUUGCGUUCCUGCAACACAAGAAAUAUAAGAAAUGUUAUAGACAUUAUUAGGGCUCAUUCAUCAGGUGGAUGUAUGAAAAUAGUCAGUCGACAGAAUUCAUUUCAAUUGCCCAAGUUUACUGUGCAAUUGCAGCCCAGCUUGACUCUCACUCCUGUGAGAUAUCACAACAUGUAUCAUAAUAAAAGUACACAAUCGCAAUCGCCUGCAAAACGUCAGAGAACAGUGAGCGGGAUUUACCCGAUAGUACAAAAUGACAUACAGACCAACGGAGUGAGCCUACGGAGGAAAGAUGGGACCAUAUCGAAAAUAAACGCCAUAGUUGAGAGAAGGACCUACGAACGAAAAACGCAAACAGAUUACACUCAAGACAUACUAAACGACCUGCAAAAUAAUCAAGACAUCGAAAAUACUCCGUUGAAUAGUAAUAAUUUGUUCCAAAAUUUGUCCGUUACGGAUUCUGCAUUUAGUGAAGUGAACAAUAGUUCGAUUGACAAUUCGUUCAGUGAAAUAAGACUUGAGGAAACGAUGUUGAAGUAUGAAAGUAGACUGCCGAAGAUUAGUGAUGUGUUCAGUAAAUUCAGUAGCCGAGAUUAUACGCAACCAUUGCAUAUACAAGUUGGUAGCGAGUGUGAGAAAUUUCCCACAAACACGUUGUAUGUGCCAUGGACUAACUCCAAUCCUAUAAAAUUAGAAAGCUAUUAUACAUUCAAGAGCAAUUUAAUAACAAAUGAUUUUUUACAAAAACCAACUGUCGCUCAUACAAUAAGCGUAUUCAGCACAACAACAGUUGUAACUGCGAAGGUGCAACCCACUGCAACGGCUAUUAUGCACAAUUAUCCUAUAUACCCAGAGAGUUUCUAUCGCAACGAGAUGGACCAACGCUUUGCAAACUUCCUGAGUUGCUCUGAACAGGAAAUGCGGCAGGACUCUUUGUAUUCUGAAGAGCUGAACAAUUCCUCUGUAUCAUCUGUGGACACGGGCCAAGAUAUCGGCGCUUCCGUUACUAUACCGGAAAUGGUAGAAGAUGCAUUUGAAAUUAUUAGCCAAGAUGGCGACUAUUUGGAGCGAAUCGGAAUGGACAGUACGAAGAUACAAUGCGUGCUGUGCAACUGGGCUGGACCCACGGUCAUAAUGGAGUGCCAUUUGAGAAAGGAGCACGCGAACCAAAUUUUAAAACAGAAUAAAUCUGAAUGGAACAUUACAUACACAUUGGGAAGUUUGGUAUCGGAUGCGAUGUGGCUCAGCAAAGUGAUAGAGUACAAUUCGUUGUUCUAUGUGCUGAGUGCCAAGUAUGAGGACCCGGAUUGCUUUAUGGUCACUUUAUCGUCACUUUCACCAGACAUAAUACCAAACACCGGUUCGAUAACAAUAUACAACAAAGUGUCCGGUGAACCUCACACAUGGCAAGGCGAUAUAGAACCUCUGCCCCCAAACUUGCCAUAUAGAAACCACUUGAAAUGCCUCAAAUUGAGCCUGGCAACACUGGACUUACUACCCAAUAGCGCUAACUUGAAGUUAGUCAAUAGGGAACUAGUCAUGGAGUCUCCGGGGAAGGUUGUAGUAGGACAACCUGAAUUGAACGAUAUACAUAUUAUAUUGUUUGUUAGGUUAUUGGGUUUUUAAUAAAAUGUAAGAGUUUUACUUUAGCCCAUCUUUAUAUAUGACUGUCGUGUAUUUUACUUAAACUUGCCGUGAAAUAGGCAUGUUUUUUGGAUAUUUUUAUUUUGAUAAAAAAGAAUUCCAACAAACUAACAGGGUAUUAUAUUGAUAAUAAGUAGACCCUACGUUAAAAACGUAUAUUAACAACAAAUUAGUUAUUUUUUUUGAGGGUAGUCUAAGAUAUAAGUAUUCUCAGUAUAAUAAUAAAUAAAGGCUAUUUAGCACAACAAAAUUACGGGUGCUAGUUUUAAUUAAUUUGCGAAUACCGUAUCGUAUUCGCUUCGCUCGCUCUACCUCCGCCUAAGUAUUUGCUAUGUAAUUUAUAAAGGUUCUCUUAUUUGAAUAAUACAUGCAUAUAUAUCAUAGCAUGCAUAUA